UCAGGAAAAUUCCGUCUAGACAAUGCAAAACGUAGUUUCAAAGUUGGUCGGGAUCAGUGCCAUGUACACAAACAUCGGCGUAGUUUAAAUUAAUCGAGGACUUCAAUUCAAGCUCUACCUGAAUAAAACGGCUUAACACUCUACGAAACGUGAACGCAUUCAUCCAUGACAACUUUCUACACCACGUGAUGUUUUAUUUACCUGUGUGAAGUAACCUGACGGACCAGUCGUAAUCCCAGAUCUCGUUAAUGUGCGUGUUGGUCUAGCGGCGUUGUCUGGUCAUAUUAUGUUUAUAUUCUCGUUACGACUAUCAACAGAGACAUCUGGUUAACAGCGAUGGAUGGAUUACGUCAGAGUGUUACAACACUGAUUACUGUUUGUAUUUUAGCGUAUCAAGCGUCGGCGUAUACUUCUAGUGAGUGGUACCGUUGCCCAUCGAAUCUUGCUCGGAAUGGCUACCUGAGGACUUUCAAUGGUCAUUGUUAUGAGUUCAUCGAUCAUGAACUUUACUGGGGUGUAGCCAGCGACGCCUGUGGGAACAAGGGAGGUCAUCUGAUCGAGAUCAGAAACCAAGAAACUCAGAAUUUUGUGGAGUCAAGCCUCAGAGAUCUGAACUGGGCCGCAAGAUGGAAUGGAGUAUGGGUCGGCGCCCACGACAAGGCUAACGAAGGGACCUGGAAAUGGGUAACAGGUGAUCCUGUAACAUGGGGAUACUGGGAUAGCGGACAACCCGAAUCCUGUAUUUUCCCCUGUAUUGAAGAUUGCGCAAAUCUACGAUUGAACCACAAUUACAGAUGGCAUGACAAACCGUGUGACAUAUUUGGAUACCGCUACACAUAUAUCUGCCAGUAUGAUAUGGGGCCAGUUUCUACAACGACGACAACAAGUACUACAACUACCACACCAACCACCACAACUACCACACCUACAACUACAACUACAACACCGACAACCACAACCACUACACCGACAACCACAACUACUACACCAACAACCACAACUACCACACCUACAACUACAACGACCACACCGACAACCACAACGACCACACCAACAACUACAACGACCACACCGACAACCACAACUACCACACCAACAACCACAACUACCACACCGACAACCACAACUACUUCGACCACACCUACAACUACAUCUACAACGUCCUCUACAACUUCCGGCGGAUCAGAUGGGUCCGGUGCCGGACCUGUGGCACAAGGUCAAGUUUCUCCGGAUGUUUUCAGUACUGAUGUUCUGAUUGGCUUGAUUGUCGGACUCCUGGUUGCCGUGUGUAUCCUCAUUGCUCUUGUAGGAUUUCUGCUGAUGCGAAGAUGUAAAACCACAAAGAAGAAUCGUAAUGAUAGCAUUCCGAACGGAUUUGACAAUGUUGGUUAUUCCGUGAGCACAGAGCAUGUAUCUAUAGCUCAACGCACACAAAUGACCGAUUCAAGAGCAACAGAAAAUGUUUACGUCACAGGUUCUGAUGUACCUACGUCACAGCAUAAUCAUUACGACAACAUACAGUACGACGUACCGGGAAAGCUUAAUAUCAGAACGGUUGAUUCGGGUAAAACGUUUAGCAAAUCAGACUAUUUAAACUCGCUACCUGACCUCCAUGUUGACCUUUGCAGUAAGAAAGGAGCUUGUGGUGGAGACUAUGAUACACUAAACACAUCCUUUGACGACGACGAUGACGAUUCCGUAUUUAAAGAGAAAUUUGAUCAGCAUUAUGUGGAAAUACCGGAUACCAAACCAAAAACUGAUGAAAAUGCGUCAACAUUGACGUCAAUGAAAUCAAACCCUUACGAUGACAUUGACAUGAGCAGGGAAAACACGAUGAAUAGUGAGGCCGAGAAGUACCUACGAGCUUACCACCCAGAAAACUUAACUAAAUCAUCCAUUGCGUUCCAUAACAAUUUACAGGAAAAACAGUGAUAUUUUCUAUCAACAGUUGUCUCCCCUGGAUUGCUCCCUUGACUGAUAUCGAUUUCCAUGUCUCGUUUCUGAACCCGGUGCGCUUAGGGUUUCAUACGCUCAUUAAAACAUUCUCAUUUUUAUUUGCAUUUAAUACUAUAUUCUUACGAACUUUUUGCUUACAAAUGUUGUUCAUACAAAUGUUAUACAUUUAAUAUCAGACUACAUGAUUUUGUAUUUAAACCAUAUUUCUUGUGAAACAUUUAAGCAUUGAUGUCAAUUUGUUUUUAGUUUCAUCGGGGUAUGAACCCUAUGAAACUAAAAAAUAAUUGACAUCAACGCUUAUAAUUAAUUUUUGAAAAUAAUUUUCUUAUUUAAAACAUGUUUUAUGUACUAUUCUACUGGAUUUAUAUGGGAUUCUUUUUCUCAAAUCAAUACGCAACGUCAAUUGUCGUAUUGUGACGUCACAUUUUUCGCGCCAUUUUCAGAAUUAUUUUCAUAGUGGUAUGAAAAAAAAAUCAGAAAGCUGCAUUCUGCGUACAAACAAUGGAAAAUUAAUUAUUGUAACAUAAAGACGUAAAUUAAGCAUUUAUUAAUAUUUAGUGCGUUUAUUGUGAAGUCUCAUUGUGUAAUAAUUUAGAGUACAGAAAUGUUUUGGAUAUUUAUAUAAACAAUGCAAAGGACGUUCUACUGUCAAAUGUGAUUUUACAUUGUUGUUAUAUAUUUACAUGUAAACUGAAAUGUGAAGCUGAAAUGGACUACAUUGUCUAUAGGGAUAUAUACAUUCAUUGUGUUUGGUUAUUUCCAUUUUUGUACUGUUGUAUAUCUAUAUAAGGAAGUUUAUUCACUAUGAAAAUAUACAAAAAUAAUCAACAAAUUAAAGGCUAUUAAUAAAUUUGUAGAAGAAUGAAUUAUGAUUACAAGUAGAAUGAUACCAAAGUACUAUGGAACAACGUUACUAACAUCAGGCUCAUAUCAAUUACUAAUACUGACCCCCAAGGUCACAAAAUCUUGCAAAUUCGAUCUAUUAUUUCUUAUUUCACAAAGGCACUACCAUGUGAAAAAUUGUGUAACACAUUUUGGCAGUGAAAUACACUAUUAUGUCAAACCAAACUCCUCAUGGACAUAAUUAGCAUAGUCAGCCAGUCAGAAAUUGUCCGCGUUAUCUUUUGACGAUAACGUGAUUACAGCAGUUAUAUCCUCACAAAGGCAGUCAACGUCAAGCAUAACAUCUUUGGAGCUGUUUUGUGACAACGCUAUAACAUCCAAAGAUAACUGCCGACAAUUCCUGGCUACGUAUGUCCAUACGCGUACGGUCGACGUUCACGACCGACGAUGGAAUAUACAAUGUAUAUAAUAUGGUCAUGUUAUAAAAUCAAAAUACUAAAUCAAACGUUCACACAUGAUAUUGUUGAUGCUGUACAUAUAAACGGAAUCAAUACAAGU